AGUCCUUCCAAAGUGGAGGCCAGCAGCUCGCUGCCGAGCUGAACGCAGCGGCUCACCGUAGAUGUGGAAUACUCCUCCAGACAUAUGGUGUCAUAAAGCAGACAGAGGAUCUCGUAAAGGUGCGCCACUUGAUGAGACGGGAUGAAGGUCACCCAGGUUAAAGCGAUCGCUCGCCGCGUCUUCGUCGUCCUGCUGACCGCCUCUGUCAGAUGUCAAGUCAACCCAGAAAUAUGUCGCUACCCUCUGGGUAUGACCGGUGGACAGAUUCAAGACGAGGACAUCUCUGCUUCCAGUCAGUGGUCUGAAUCCACCGCUGCCAGAUUUGGAAGACUCGACUUCGACAACGGGGACGGCGACGGAGCCUGGUGUCCCGACGUGGCGUCGGAGCCGGACGGCCUGAAGGAGUACCUGCAGGUGGACCUGCGCUCGCUGCACUUCGUCACUCUGGUGGGAACUCAGGGUCGCCACGCCGACGGCAUGGGGAAGGAGUACGCGCAGCGGUACAGGGUCCAGUACAGCCGGGACGGCAGCAGCUGGGUGGGCUGGAAGGACAGGAAGGGAAGGCAGGUCAUCGAGGGCAACAGGAACACGUACGACGUGGUGCUGAAGGACCUGGAGCCUCCCAUUAUCGCUCGCUUCGUCCGCUUCCUGCCCGUGACGGACCUCUCUCAGUUCGUCUGCAUGCGAGUGGAGCUGUACGGCUGCGAAUGGCUGGAUGGCCUCAUGUCUUACAGCAUCCCAGAAGGUCACCAAAUGAUCUACAGAGGCCUGGAUGUCUUCUUUAAUGACUCUGUGUAUGAUGGGGUUUCUGCAGACAGCAGACAGACGAAGGGCCUGGGCCAGCUGACGGACGGCACCUGGGGCCUGGACGACUUCCUCCACAGCCACGUCUACGCCAUGUGGCCUGGAUACGACUAUGUGGGAUGGAGCAACAAGAGCUUCCCCAAAGGCUACGUGGAGAUCUUCUUUGAGUUCGACCACGUCCGAAAUUUCACCUCCAUGAAAGUUCACUGCAGUAACAUGUUCAGCCGCGGCGUGAAGCUGUUCAGGCAGGUCACCUGCUUCUUCCGGUCGGGGUCGGAGUGGGAGGCCGACCCGGUGACCUUCAGGCCGGCCGAAGACCGCGUGACCCAAGCCUCCCGAUUCGUGGCCGUGCCCCUCGGGGAUCGCACGGCCAGCGCCAUCAAAUGCCGUUUCCACUUCUCUGACCUUUGGAUGCUGUUCAGCGAGGUGGCCUUUCAGUCAGGCUCGGCAGUGUACAACACGUCUCUGACUCCUCGCAAACAUGGACACCCCAAAAACACUCUGCCAGGAGAAGAUCCCACCCAUAAAGUGGAUGACAGCAACACCAGGAUCUUGAUCGGCUGCUUGGUGGCAAUUAUAGCCAUCCUGUUUACGAUCAUUGUCAUCAUCCUGUGGCGGCAGGUCUGGCAGAAAAUGUUGGAAAAGGCGUCCCGCCGCAUGCUGGACGAUGAGCUGACAGCUCGUCUGGCGGUCCAGACCCGGGCCUUCUCCUCCCACCACUCGUCUCUGUCCAGCGAAUGCGGCUCGACCUCCAACUCCACAUAUGAAAGGAUCUUCCCCCUCUGCGCUGACUACCAGGAGCCGUCGCGCCUCAUCCGGAAACUGCCCGAGUUUGCUCAGUCCACUGAACAUCUCGAGCCGAGCCCGUCGGGCAGAGCCCCCGCGGCCGGCGGGUCAGACGGCGCUCCCCACUAUGCAGAGGCCGAUAUCAUCAGCCUGCAGGAGUCCUCAGACAACAGCAGCAACUCCAUCACUGCUGCCAGCAUGACUCUCUUCAGCAGCACUGAUUCAUCCAUGAGAGAGUUUCCCAGACAAAAGCUAACCUUCAAGGAGAAACUGGGAGAGGGCCAGUUUGGAGAGGUCCACUUGUGUGAAGCAGAUGGCAUGCAGGACUUCCUGGAUGAGGAUCUGUCCAUAGAGGGAACUAACGAGUCGCCUCUGCUCGUCGCUGUUAAAACGCUGCGGGAAGACGCCAACAAGAACGCAAGGAACGACUUCCUGAAGGAGAUACGGAUCAUGUCCCGUCUGAGGGAUCCCAACAUCGUCCGCCUGCUGGCCGUGUGUGUGGACACCGACCCUCUGUGUAUGAUCACCGAGUACAUGGAAAACGGAGACCUCAACCAGUUUCUGUGCAACCUCAGACUGAAAGAGGCAGCUGGAGACAACAAGACAGACCCAGGGGAGACAGAGGGAGACAGUCAUGUUGGCUACGUGAAGCUGAUCGGCAUGGCCGUGCAGAUCGCGUCUGGCAUGAAGUACUUGUCCUCUCUCAACUUUGUCCACCGUGACCUGGCGACCCGCAAUUGCUUGGUUGGAAGAAACUUCACCAUAAAGAUUGCAGAUUUUGGCAUGAGCCGGAACCUGUACAGAGGAGACUACUACCGCAUCCAGGGCCGGGCCGUCCUGCCCAUCCGCUGGAUGUCAUGGGAGAGCAUCCUGCUGGGUAAGUUCACCAUGGCCAGCGACGUGUGGGCUUUCGGGGUCACUCUGUGGGAAAUCCUGACUCUGUGUGAGGAGCAGCCGUACUCCCAGCUCUCUGAUGAGCAGGUCAUCGAAAACACGGGCGAGUUCUUCAGAGACCACGGCAAACAGGUUUACCUGCCAAAACCUCCCUGCUGCCCCGACAAGGUCUACACUGAGCUCAUGCUCAGCUGCUGGAGGAGAAACGCCAAGCAGAGGCCGAGCUUUCAGGAGAUCCACGCUCAGCUGAACGAGAGCCUGGCAUAGCAGAUGGCGUGUGUGAUAUCUGUCUGGUUCACUCCAGCCAGAGACGAUGAAGCUGAAAAUAAUUUGGAUUCAGAGACUUAAUGAUUCAAUGUUUGCCAUUUUGCCAAAGAUAGCUUGUCACAGUGGUGACGUACAUUACAUGAUGAAGUAUGAAAAUAAACAGAGCCACAUAUUGUAGAUAUAAUGCAGACUAGCACAAUUCAGAAAAUGUAUUCAAACUUCUAUGUAUUUAUUGAUUUCUUUAUAUUUCUUAUGCUGACUAUUUAUAGAGAACCAAGCUAAUCUUUUAGUAAUAAGCUAAGCAUUUGUGAAUAUUUUUUAUGACAUCUUUCAAAUGUAUGAGUCAGUUUUUAUUGCACAUUUAUUAAAGAAUGACACUGUUUAAA